GCUUUAUACAUUUGUAUAAAAGCCAUCGUCCAUAGUCACACUCCAUUCAGUUUGUUUCUUGGGCUCACAAGUAGCCUAUACCUGUGUACUCUUCAGCAUUACUCACAUCUAUUGCAUUUGGAUUAUAUAUUUGGCCACAAUGAAAUCUCUGGUGUGUCUCGUUGUGGUUGCCCUCAUUGUGGGUGCCCAUGCUGAGGAUAAAAAAGUGGAGAAGAAACAGGAGAAACGUGGUAUCUUCCAUGACUUUGGUGGACAUGAAUUUGGUGGUCAUGAUUUUGGCUUGUCUAGCGGUGGGUAUGGAGGACAUGAUUUCAGCAGCAGCGGUGCUUACCACGAUGAUCACCAUCAUCACGUUAAAACCGUGACGGUUGUUAAGAAUGUACCAGUACCAUAUCCAGUUGAAAAGCAUAUUCAUGUGCCCGUAGAGAAACAUAUACCUGUUCCCGUGAAAGUACCUGUACCACAGCCAUAUCCUGUUGAGAAAGUGGUUCACUAUCCCGUCAAGGAAAUCGUCAAGGUACCCGUGCAUAUACCUCAGCCAUACCCUGUUGAGAAGAAGGUUCACUAUCCCGUGCAUGUGCCUGUCGAUCGACCUGUGCCUGUGAAAGUGUUCGUUCCACAACCGUAUCCAGUUGAGAAGCAUAUUCAUGUGCCUGUGAAAGUGCCUGUACCACAACCCUACCCAGUUGAGAAGCACGUUCCUGUGCCAGUGAAAGUGCCUGUUCACGUACCCCAACCUUAUCCAGUUGAAAAGAUUAUUCAUGUACCUGUUAAGGUGCCCGUCGAUCGUCCAGUACCUGUGCAUGUGCCAAAACCUGUCCCUGUGCAUGUUGAGAAGCCUGUUCCGUACCCAGUCAUUAAGAAGGUACCCGUACCCGUGCACAUUCACGUCGACCGACCUGUUCCAGUUCCCGUUGAGAAGCACAUUCCCGUACCCGUAAAGGUGCCAGUGCCACAACCCUACCCUGUUGAAAAGCACAUCCCUGUACCAGUGGAGAAACAUAUCCCAUAUCCAGUCAAAGUUCCCGUCGAUCGCCCAGUUCCCGUUCACAUUGAGAAGCACGUACCAUAUCCUGUUGAGAAGCAUGUUCCCUACCCAGUAAAGGUUCCCGUUGUUUACCAUCACGAACACCACGAUGAUCAUCAUCAUCAUGCUGACUUUAGCAGUUCAGGACAUGGAUUCAGUAGCUACGGUGGAGACUACCAUGAUCACCAUGGAUAUUAGGGCUUCUUGUUGAUUCCAUGAGAUUAUAUAUUAAAAUGCGAGUGUGGCCAAGACGGAAGUGAAGAUUAAUUAGUAAAAUUUUUGUGAUAAAGUCUCCUCAAACUUUUAAUCUUUUAUUAUUUCACCUGGAUCUUUUAGCUCUCUUUAUUCUUUAAAAUAUUCCUUAACUCUUUCAUCUUCUUUUACUGUAGUAUUUACUAAUGCUUCAAUCUUAUGAUUUUUAAAACAGUAAAAAUUAAAUUUUCAUUUAUAGUUCUCAGAUCUUCACUGAGAGACUAGAAAGUUGCUUCUAAAUAAGGAAAUUAUAUUUUACAAUCUUGUAUUUUAUCACAAUAUUUAGUAGAAUUAUUCAUUUGUACAUUACAAUUUUAGUAUUUACAAACUGUUGUGCAACUUCACUAAAAUCUACACUACAAUAUACUAGACUUGCGAUUUCUCCCGCCUUAUUUUCUUAUGUAUUCCUAACAAGUUUUAGCUGUUUUUUUUCAUUUUUUUUUUGCUUUUUUCUUUUCACAAAAUUUUGAUGAGCAUAAACAUUAUGACAUUAUAACUGUAGUACAAGGAAAUCAUUAUAAAGAUGUUUAAAGUAAACUUACAGGAUUUAAUUGAGCAUUUACUCUUUACAUUCUGCUCUAUAGGUUGUAUUCUUCAAUACAUUCAAGAAAUCUGUCGUAAAUACAUUUUUUAUCGUUUUCUUCAUUUUUAUAAAAAAAAAAAAGAUUUAUCAUAUUUUCCUAUGAACUCUUUUGGGAAGGUCAUCUUAACUUUUAUGCAAUGCUCGAUUUAAGUAGUAUGACCCACAAAUGGUUUGUCUUUUAUUUCCUUCUUAAAAAAAAAUACAAAAAUGCAACACCUUGAUAUGCCUCAAUAUUUUGUACUCUUAAUUAGAUGUGUGAGCUAUUGAAAGUGAGAGAAAAAUAUAUAUUUUUAUUUUGUAAUAAAAAUAAACUAAUGAGAUACAUAUUAAAUUAAAACUUUGACUUCAAAAA